GUUUUUUCUUCAUUCACAAACAAAUCACUGUUUCAUAAUAUCUGACCAAAAGACAAUCUAUUCUCUUUCACCCAACAUGUGUACUCUCGCAACGAAAGGUUCUAGUUACAAACACAUUACAGUCAAGAGCCUCCACCCUACAUUCGGUGCCGAGAUAGGUGGUGUGGACUUCUCCAAGCCAGUGGCCGACGAGACAUUCGACGAGAUUCGUGCUGCUGCCAGGAAGGUAGGUUGGAAUUCUGAUUUCCUUUCACACUUGACCACCCUCGAUACCGCAGAAGCACUUGGAGGUUAUUGCGCCUCCCCCUCUUCCCUUCUCCUCAGGCGCCCUCCAAGCCCGGCAAGGUUUUAAGAAUAUUGCGGUUAAUGACAAAUGAUGCAAAACAGUUCGGCGUUGUGGUGUUCCGCAAAACCUGCCUCACGGAUGAG